AUGGAGGAUAUUUAUGAAAUUCUUAUAAAUUAUAUGGGCUUAGGUCAGUGUGUUAAUAGUCUAAUGCAUAGUCAGUUGCUUAAAGACUUGCAUCAACAGUUCAACACCAAUAUAUCGUCAAAAAUCAAGAGCUGCAUUUCGGGAAACAACUUUGCAUAUCUUGAUCGCGCUAUCACAUUCACUUCCUGGACCAGAAAUCAUACACCCCCAAAUUCAUCUAUCCUUGAGGGUGCAUCAUCAAAUUUUAACCGCGCAGAAUCAUCAUCAGCAUCUUUAGAGUACCCAGAUAAUUGUCCACGAAAUCUAUCUGGAAUUUCAUCGAACAGACGACGGAAAAACAACCCACCUCGUAAAUCAUUUAUCAUAAUACGAGUUAACAAAGAAACACACGAAAUCAUCGUGGAUUUGUUGCAAAGGUCGAUCAUCUCUGAUAAAGUCUAUACUGGUCAUGGUUAUCCACCUCUUACUAUGGAAGAACAAACAACAGCCAACCAGCUAGUUUUAGCAUACCCUCCUUUUAUACGUUCGGUUAAGAAGAGAAAACUCAAACUAUCUGAAGUUAUUUGUUCAUCUUUCACAGUAGGAUGGUUUGGGGAGGAACAUGUUAAGAGAAACAUAAAAAUUGUGUGUUUCUAUUUGGAUGGAACAGUGAAUUUUUAUGCUAGACCUAUUCAAGGUAUAACUAUUACGGUUAACCUUGAUGAGAUGAAAGUAACAGAAUACACUGAUAGGAUAAUGGUCCCUCUUCCUAAAGCUGAGGGAACUGACUAUAGGAAAUCAAAAUCAAAACAGUCAAACGAUGCGGCUACUUGUACAGGAGAGGAUUUUGUGCAGGGAAAUUUGGUUGAUUGGGCAAAUUGGAAAUUCCACAUGAGUUUCGAUGUGCGGGAAGGGCUCAUCAUAUCUUUGGCAUCAAUUUAUGAUGAAGAAAAAGAGAAGUUCCGUCAUGUCCUGUACAAAGGAUUUAUUUCAGAACAUUUCACACCAUAUAUGGAUCCGACAGAAGAAUGUUAUUACAGGACAAUCUUUGAUGCUGGUGAAUUUGGUUUAGGACAAUAUGCCUCUCAACUCGAACCCCUUAAGGACUGUCCAGCCAAUGCAGUUUUCAUGGAUGGGUACUAUGCUGGACAAGACGGCAAGCCGGUAGAGAUUAAAAAUGUUUUUUGUGUUUUUGAAAAAUAUGCUGGAGAUAUCAUGUGGCGUCAUGCCGAAACUAGUAUUCCCGGUAAAGUUGUAAGGGAGGUUAGAAAAGACGUGACCUUGGUAGCGAGGAUGGUUUCCACUGUUGGCAACUACGAUUACAUUUUUGACUGGGAAUUCCAACAGAGUGGCUCUAUUAAAGUUGAGGUAGGUCUAACUGGAAUCCUCGGAAUGAAGGCUACAGAAUACACCCACAAAGACCAGAUCAAGGAGGAUAUCUUUGGUACCCUAUUAGCUGACUAUACUGUAGGGGUAUACCACGAUCAUUUCAUCACGUACUAUCUUGAUCUCGAUGUUGAUGGAGACGAAAACUCGUUUGUGAAAUCCACCUUGAAAACAAAGAGAGUUACAGGUGAUGAUGCCUCCAAAAGGAAGAGUUACUGGACAGUGGUAAAAGAAACAGCCAAAACUGAAUCCGACGCAAAGAUAAAAUUGGGAGCGGACCCUGUAAACCCAAAUAAGAAGACUAAAAUGGGGAAUGAUGUCGGGUUCCUUCUGAUUCCUGGACGGCAGCAAGCGAGUUCGCUUUUGUCGGACGACCAUUAUCCUCAAAUUCUUGCUGCAUAUACCAAGUAUCAUGUUUGGGUGACCCCUUAUAAUAAGUCUGAAAAAUGGGCUGCUGGAUUAUAUGUUGAUCAGAGUCGUGGUGAUGAUACAUUGGCGGUUUUGAGUAGCAGAAAUAGGGAAAUAGAAAACAAGGACAUUUUUUUGUGGUACACAGUGGGGUUUCACCAUGUACCUUGUCAAGAAGAUUUCCCCGUAAUGCCAACUCUCAGCAGCGGAUUCGAGCUUCGACCUACGAAUUUCUUUGAAAGAAAUCCAGUCCUUAACAACUUGAGUUCCCCUAAGAUUUGA